AAAAUAAGCUAGCUACAGAGGGCGGGCAUUACAUUUAAUUUUUGGGUCUAAGUUGUAAAAGCAAACGAAAAAGCGACGAAAUGGAAUUCCAGGUUCGUUCUUGCUUUCUGCCAACUAUGGCACUUUUUAUCUUUCUGAUUUUCAUGAGCCUGUGUACACAGAAGGCAGAGACGUCUGUAUCGGAUACUUGGGAAAGUCUGAAGAAUUCCGAUGCCGUUCAGCAAGCACGAAAGGAAUGGUCUCGUGCAAGGACUAAAACACAAAGCUUCAUCAACAAGGUAUCAAAUGGGAAACUUGCAGAAGACAUCACCACUUACAUUGAUAACACUCUGAUGAAGCUGUUUAGUAUCAGAGUGAGUGAACUGCAGAAGACACUGAAGAAAGCCCAGCAGACCUGGCUGGGGCCGGCCCUCAUGGGCCUCUGGCUUCUCCUGGGUUAUGUCACCCUCAAGCUGACCUCCUGCACCACUUUCCUGGUUGUCAUGUCAACCACUGUCCUGAUCCACUCCAUCUAUGGCUCUGUGGUCGUCUUCACCCAGGUGGUUGUAUUUAUCGGUCUGUGCAUGUACAUCGCCUCACUAAUAGCUAACAAUGUUGUCCUCUGUGCUGUCACCAUUCUCACCUUCUACGUGUCCUACUCUGUCUUUGGGGUGUGUCGCCGGCCGUAUUCACAGGGCGUGCUCUAUGACCUGGAGGACCGGGUCACCGACCUCAGCCAGAGGACGGCAGGCAUGGAGAGCAAGAUGGUGGGCCUGGAGCAGAAAAUUGACCUCCUGCUGGAGGGUCGAGAGUGAUAUCCAUAGCGGACUCUCUGUUCUAGAUCGCUGAUGAAUUAAUUUCAGAACUUCAUUUCUUGUACAUUUUUGAUGGUGUGGAUACUCAGCGAUGGUCAUUGUGUGUAGUGGUCCUGUAUACUGAAUUUGUGUUUAAACUUCUUGAAAAGUGGUUAUGAUCACAGUUUUAUUUGCUUCAAAUCGUGUCACAGUACCAAACGAAAGGUGAUAUUCAGUUAUCAUGAUGUUGUAUUUGUUUUUUUUCCCAUUCGUGGCAUCUUUAAACAUACAGUACUGGAAAUGCUUUGAAUGAAACAUGAAAGCACUGUGUCAAAUAAUCACAAAUGCAGAUCAAAGAAAUUUCUUUUAAGAGAACCAGUGGAGUUUGGGUGCAUUUUCUGUGUUGCAUAAUUGUCAUGCCUUUUAAUCCCUUAGUGCUUUCUUUAACUUUUGGAAAGAAAUUGGGAUUUUUAAUCAUGUUUUUGGCUUUUCAGAAAACAUGUCAGGCUUUGGUGCCAGGACAAUACUAUCCACAAAUCUUGCCAGUUUUAAAGAUGCAUUUUGGAUUUUCCAGUUUUGUUGCAAAAAUACAUAAAGAUCAGAUCUGUUUCUGUAUUCACCUGAUGAAGGCACUCCAGUUAUUUUGGGUUUGAACCCUGGAUAUUUUAAAUGUUGCAUGUGAUUUGUAUAUUUAUGGUGUUUGUCAUAUUUGUCAAUAGAUUUGUUUGAAUGGAAAGAUCAGAUUUCUCCAGUUUUGAAAAGUGUAAUACUGUUUGUAGAGUUACAUACUUGACCUGACCUGAAAAAAUCUAACUUAGAAUGCCAUCCAUGACCUCAUGCUUUCGAAAUACAUGUACACGAGGCUCAUUUUUUUUUCGAAAUUGUUGAAAAUUAGUAUUAGCACUGUGAUUGCAACUUUAAUAGUGUUUAGGAAUUAAACAAAUUUGUUACACAAAACCAACAAUAAUGACAAUGCAGAACGAUUUCCUUUUUUGAGUUUAAUAAAUUCAAAAUCUGGAUGGAAUAUUAUACAAAAGCUGGCAAUGAAACCAACCAUUUCAUAUCUGCCGUUUCUUUCAUCUGUACAAGUUUCUGUUUAUUUUUAAGGACUCAUCAUAAAAGUAAAAUUUUGCAAAGCAGGAGAGCAACUGUAAAACCGCAAUUUGGAGAUAAAAGUAAUUCAUAUUUAUUUGCAAGGCACAAGAUACGAGGUAAGUCACGUACAUUGAAUUUAAAAAACUAGUAAAUUUUCCUCUGUGAUUUGGAAAAAAUUAAGAAAACCUGUAUUACACCUGUCCAAAAAUUUAUACAUUUGUACAAGUUUGAUUCCGACAGUUAAUUAUUGCUUACGUCAGUUCAUCUCGCCUUACAGUGACACAGGAUUUCACUCUGCUGUUUUGCUCCUGAAGACCUGUUUUUAACCCAAGUGCAAAUACACCCAGUUUCAGACAACUUCACAUAUUUAACAUUAGCUUCUAGUUACAUUAUAACCAAGUAUACUAUUUUAUUGUUCCCAAUUAAAUAAAACAUGACGCAUGCCCUUGAAUUAGAAAUCUACUUACAUAGUAUCCUGCUCAGCACAGUUUGACAGAUUAGCGUAAACAACUAGUGUAAUUUAUCAAUGUGGACUUUCACAAAUCCUAUAAUGUAUAUACUUCUGAAGUAAGAAGCAGUUUGCACUGUGAAUUAUCCAUGUCAAAAGGGCUUCCUUGUCUUACUGGAAUAAAGUGCUUAAGAAAACAA